AUGGUGUCCGGCGGGGAGCGGUACCCGGCCGCCGGGUUAGGCGGGGAUCUGGCUGCGCUGGCGGAGUUGGACGAGGCGGCGCUGCUGGGCGGGCUGCGGGAGCGGUUCCUGCGGCAGCAGGUCUAUACCGAUGUCGGGGACAUCCUCAUCGCCAUGAACCCCUUCCAGCCGCUGCCGCUGUACGGGAGAGAGGUCUCCAAGCAGUACCUGUGCCAUGAGACCAGCACGCUGCCGCCCCACAUUUUCGCCGUGGCCAGCCGGGCUUACCAUGCCAUGCUGGGCCACCGGGGCAGCGGGCCCCGCAGCCAGUGCAUCGUCAUCAGUGGAGAGAGUGGUGCAGGGAAAACAGAGAGUACGAAGUUAUUAUUGCAGCACGUAAUGAACCUAUGCAAAGGCAACUCGCAGCUGGAGCAGCAGAUCCUUCAGGUAAAUCCGUUGCUUGAAGCUUUUGGCAAUGCCCAGACUGUGGUGAAUGACAACAGCAGCCGCUUUGGAAAAUACAUACAGCUGCGUUUCCAGAAAAAUACAGUUCAAGGUGCAAAGCUGAGUGAGUACCUGUUAGAGAAGUCACGGGUAGUGCAACAAGAUGCUGGGGAGAGGAAUUUCCACAUCUUCUACUACAUGUUUGCUGGACUGUCUUCGGAGGAAAAGGAGAUGUAUGGGCUGUUGGAUCCUUCACUUUACAGGUACAUAAGUGGACGAUUUGGUACACAGGACGUAGCUCAGCGCUGGAAGCACAAAUACAAAGAGGUGUGCAAUGCCCUUGACAUGGUGGGCUUCCAGGAACAGGAGCAAGUCGACAUGCAAGCUGUCUUAGCUGGUGUGUUGUCUCUGGGAAAUGUGACCUUCGAGCCUGAGGAAAGCAAUGGGUCUGCAAAAGUGAGUGAAGCCUCCCGGGGAUGGCUGAAGGCUUCAGCGGGUCAGUUUGGAGUCCAAGAAGACGAACUGUUAAAGUGCCUUAUUUGUACAAUGUCUGUGACCCGAGGUGAACAGAUUCUGCGUUUUCACACCCAGCAGCAGGCAGAAGAUGCUCGGGAUUCCAUUGCCAAGGUGGCAUAUGGACGAGUAUUUCGCUGGAUCGUUUGCAAGAUCAAUGAGCUGCUGGCUGAGAACGUAGAUACUGAGGUGGAACUGGGGGAGAUAGGCAUCUUGGAUAUUUUUGGGUUUGAAAACUUUGCAGUGAAUCGUUUUGAACAGUUUUGCAUAAACUUGGCCAAUGAGCAGCUGCAGCACUUCUUCAACCAUCACAUUUUCCAGCUGGAGCAGGCUGCCUAUAAGGAAGAAGAUCUGCCUUGGGAGACUAUCACGUUCAACAAUAACGAACCUACUCUGGAUCUUCUCCUGGCUAAGCCACUUGGACUCCUGUCCCUUCUGGAUGAGCAAAGUGCAUUCCCACAGGCAACUGAUAAAACAUUUGUGGAUAAACUAAACAGCAGCUUCAAGGGGAACUUACACUUCCAGCCAGGCCGAGGCCAUGUUUUGGCCUUCAGCAUCAUUCACUAUGCUGGAAAAGUACAAUACACUGCUGAGGGCUUUCUAGAGAAGAACAGAGACACCUUGCCAGCCAAUGUCCGUGGACUCUUCAUCAACAGCAUCACCCCCUUGCUCAGUGUCCUGUUUAAAGCCACUAUCUCCAGGACGGGGACACUAAUGCCUCAUGUGAAAGCCAAGGUCAGAGCAGAAGCAGACAACAAGUUCAACAGCACACGAAAACAGUCUGCUGGGGCUCAGUUCCGGCAUUCUCUGAUGGUGCUCAUGGAGAGGAUGUAUUCUGCCAACCCGCAUUUUGUGCGCUGUAUAAAGCCCAACAGCCAGAAGGAGCCGGGUGUGGUGGACAGCCAGGUGGUGCUGCAGCAGCUCCGGUACAAUGGAUUGCUGGAGACAAUCCGUAUCCGAAGAGAUGGUUUCUCCUGGAGACCCUCAUUUGAGGAAUUUGCUGAAAGAUAUGCAAUUCUUCUGCUUAAACCAGAUGUUUCCCUCACAAAAGAAAGCUGCUUGGAGAUACUGCAAAGUACAGAGCUGACAGGCUGGAUAUGUGGAAAGUCACGACUUUUCUUUAAAUAUUGGCAUCAGGAACAGAUGGUAAAGUGUGUGGAGCAACUGGAAAGAGCAGCAAUUGUCAUACAGAAAGCUUUCAGGGGAUUCAGGUGCAGGAAGAGUUACCUAAAAGUGGUGGCUGAGCUGAGAGCUAAGGCACAGCUGCUACAGGAAGAGGAAGAGAGAAAAAGAAGCUGGCAGCUGGCACUGGAAGCAAAGGCCCAGAAAAGAAUCUCCUUUCCAGUCCCCAAGCCAAGAAAGAGGUGCCCUCAGUCUUGUCCCCAUUAUUCUGAUAAUCCACCACAGCCACCAGUGCCACGGCCACGCAGCAAACUAACAGAGUCCACUCCUUUUGAUAACUUCUUGGGCCCUUCUGCACCUCGACCAGUUCUGGGGACAGAGGGACAGAUUGGAGAAGAGGCAAAAAUGAGGGAACUCAAGAGAGGAGCAACUCUCCGCUGGUUCAAAGAGACACAGGCCCAGAAGGUCAUGCAGGAUGAUGGAGCCUUUCCAAGCUGGCUGCAUGGGAUGAUCAGCCGGAGGGAAGCUGAAAACCUGCUGAAUGAAAAACCUUUGGGUUGCUUCCUUGUUCGGAUCAGCCAGAGCCGACCAGGCUACACCCUAACAUACAGGGGCGAGAACCGCUGCAGACACUACCUGAUUGAGAUGCAGCCCAAUGCACGCUAUGUCAUCCUGGGGGAAGACCAGGCUCAUGCCUCGCUCACCGAGCUGGUUCGGUAUCACCAGGCUGUGGGCAUCCAGCCCUUCAUGGAAAAACUGACUGUUCCCUGUGGCCAGAAAAGUAGUGAGAGUUUGGAUCAUGAAGAUCUGGAGUCCUCCACACUGAUUGAAACAGCAGCCAAGAGGGAGACCCCUCCAGAGGAGCAGCCCUGCCCUUCCAGGUCUUCUACCAGCAUACCUGGAUCAGUGGCAGCUCUCAAAAGCAUGUGGCUCAGGAGGACUAAGAAUUGGCCAAAAGAGCAGAGCUUUGACAAGACCAGGACAAAGCCAAGCUUAGGCAAGGAGAAAGCCAGCGAACGAGCCCUCCCUCGCCUUCACUCUUCCAUACAGCUGGUGAUGCAGGAAAUCCAGCAGUUGUCUUCCUCUUCCUUGAACACAUCUGUGCGGAAGUGCAAUAGAGCUGUUUGCAUGGAGGUUGGAGAGCCUAAGUGACACGGUCCAAGAGGCUUAGCCCUACCCUCUUCUGGUGCUGCUGGGCCUUGGCAAUCAAGGUGAACAUAUCCAGACAUACAGCAGCCUUUUUUCUGUCUUUUUGGUUUAUUUUCUGCACCCAGCUGGCCCUGUGCCUUUAGACAGGACUGCUGCAGAAAUUAACUUUCAUCAGCACUCAUCUGAUCUCAGUGGCUGAGGCUGCAAUAUCUGAACCAGACUCAUUCUGCCAGAGGGGAAAGAAUGGGAACAAUCACACUCGGCACAGAUUCCAGUGCCUGACAGUCUGCAUGUCAAUACUUCUGUGUACCUGGAGACCCCUCGCCUUGCGCUGUUAAUAGUCGCAAACUGGAUAUCUUAUAAUUGCCUGUUUUCUGAAAGGCACGUGUACUAAUUUCCUACCUCUUAAAGUCCACUGACUCUGA